AUGGUUGUCUUCAACAAUGCAAUUGAUCGGCUCUCAAAAGCCACCAAUCUCUUACCCAACACCCAGAAAUUAAGACAACGUGUUUACUCAUCAUCUCCUCAUCUCGGUAUCCUUUCAUUCGAGACAGCCAAGACUAUGUCAAGAUUAAUCUCUCUUUACAGAUCAUUAUCCGAUAAUGAAAUGUCUAAACUUAAGGAUUGUAUGAAUACAGAAGGUGUAUCCUUUUUGAAUUCCAAAGAUCCUUCAUUUCUCCUUAGUCUUGCUUGCUCUGAACGCCUUGAAGAUCUUGAGAACGCUGCGUCUACGGUUGCACGAUUGGGUCUUAAGUGUGUUGAUUUUGGGCUUAAUCGAUUUGAUAUUGUUUUUAAUGAACUUAAAUUGGGUAUAAUCGAUUUGGGUAAAUUGGAUUAUGGGUCUAAACAGAUUGAGAAAAAGGUAAUGAAAAUGGAGAGGUUGGUAAUGGCUACAUCGAAUUUGUAUUCGUCUUUAGAAGGGUUAGCGGAGAUGGAGAUUUCUGAAAAGAGGAUGAAGUUUUGGAAGCAGAAGAAUGGAGAGCAGAAUCGGACAAAUAUUGAUCUUUUUAAUCAAAAGAUUGCGUUACAAAGGAAAGAUGUGCGGCGUUUUCGGUCUAGUUCUCUUUGGCGUCAAUCGUUUGAUCGGAGUGUUGGAUUAAUGGCGAGAACGAUUUGCAUUAUCUAUGCAAGAAUUUGCUUUGUUUUCGGCCCGUAUAACUCGUCUCUCCCUCGUGUAACGUUGAAAAACAUCCGGUCGCCGGAACAAAGAGAGAAUCUUAGGAAUCAACAGGAAUACUGUCUUCUCGAGCCACGUCGGGUUAACAUCACUAAAUCAGGGCCGAUUCCGAUGUCUGCAAAGCCAAAUUUGGUCAGAUUCCAUAGUCAAAAGUCGAUCUUUAGCUCGCCGGAAAACAACAGAGUAUUCCAUGUUGCAGACCCAUCAACGGUUGGGGGUUCUGGAUUAGCUAUACGUUACGCGAACGUGAUAGUUACGGCGGAAAGAUAUUUGGAAAUGGAUUGUUCUAUUGGGAAAGAUGAGAGACAAUCGUUGUAUGAAAUGUUACCGGAAAACUUGAAGUUAGUAAUUCGGAAAAAAUUGAGCAAAAUUGUGAAGACAUCAGGAGGAUUAGCGGCGGAGAACGGUGGUGAUGAGAAUAUGGCGAAGGGAUGGCGGGAUGCUGUGAAUGAGAUAUUGAAAUGGUUGGAACCAGUGGCAACGGAUACCCUUAAAUGGCAAUCGGAGAGAAGCUUUGAAAAGAUGAAAUUUGAAUUCAAACCAUCGGUUUUGUUACUCCAGACAUUGCAUUUCUCUGAUAAGGUCAAAACGGAGGCAGCCAUAGCCGAGGUUCUUGUCGGUUUAAGCUGUGUUUGUUGGUAUGAGGAUCGAAGAUGUGAUGGGGAAGAUCAAGAUUCAGUUGCAGAAAUCAGUCGUAUUUCACUUGACAGAUAA